UUCUAAGCAGAGGUAAACAAACUGUGAAAGAGGCAGGGACCGACAGGAUCUGCUGCUGCUGCAGGAGGCGGAGGGAAAGAGAGAGAAAAAGAAAGAAAGCGGACAGAUCCCGGGACAAAAACAAGGGAGAAAGACAUUGAUAGAGAUCUGGGACCAUGGAGAGCAGGGCAGCCUUGAAGUGGAGAGGAAAGGUGUAGGGUCAGGAGAGGAAAAGGGCUGCAAGGGGGAAAAAUGCAGGGUUAAUGUGAAAGGGAGGGCGGGGGGCAAGAUCAGGGAGAAAGGUUGGGGUAUAAAAAAGGGGCAAAGAAGAUCAAUGGCAAGUUAAAGAGAGAGAAUAUCAGGAGGAAGGGGUCUGGGGGCAGGACAGAAGAAACAAGUCCUUUAGAGGCAGCCUCUGGUGGUAGGAAGGAGUUGAGGCUCUGCAGGAGUUGCAUGGUGGUGCCCCUCCAAGACCUCUUUCCCUGAUGAACUUCUAGGAAGCAGUCAUAGAGGCAGCCUCCAGUUCUUGCCUGCCCCCCUCCUCUGACUUGUGAAGAGGCCAGUGGUAGGGCAAGGAAGGGAGAGGCAAAGCUCCUGCCCCUUCCAGUGCCCAAGAGGAGGGUUGUUCCUGCUCUUUGGGGUGGCAGGGAGCCCCAUCCGCCUCCAGGGCUAUGGAGCGGGUGGAGAUGAUCAACAUCCAGCGCCUUCUGGAGGCUGCUGAGUACCUGGAGCGCAGAGAGAGAGAAUGCGAACAUGGCUAUGCCUCAACCUUCCCUUCCAUGCCGACCCUUGGACUGCAGGACCCAAAGCCACCGCAGAGGCUGAGCCGAGCAAGGAAGCAUAGCAGUGGAGGAAGCAGUACGGGCACUGCUAACAGGUCUACGCACAAUGAACUUGAAAAGAACCGACGAGCUCACCUCCGCCUGUGCCUAGAACGUUUAAAAGUCCUGAUACCAUUGGGACCUGACUGCACCAGACACACGACCCUGGGGCUGCUUAACAAAGCCAAAGCACAUAUCAAGAAACUUGAAGAUGCAGACCGGAGAAGCCAGCACCAGCUUGAGAACCUGGAAAGAGAGCAGAGGUUCUUGAAGCGGAGAUUGGAGCAGCUGCAGGGCUCUCAGGACAUUGAGCGAAUACGAAUGGACAGCACUGGAUCAACCAUUUCCUCAGAUCGCUCUGAUUCAGAGCGGGAAGAAAUCGAAGUGGAUGUGGAAAGCACAGAGUUCUCCCAUGGAGAUGUGGAUGAUAUCAGCACAACCAGUACAAGUGACAUUGAUGACCACAGCAGCUUACAGAGCAUUGGGAGUGAUGAGGGUUACUCCAGCGCUAGUGUCAAGCUCUCCUUCACUUCCUAGAGCAUGGUGCUAGGGGCAGUACAGCUGGUUUCUUUGGGGCAAUUGACGUUCACCUGGCAGAGCUCUUAAGACACAGUAUUUUUCCUUCUCCAAACUACACUUCAACAGCUAAGCUUGGAAAGAUGCAACUCUAGAAUAGCUCCAUGGGUCCACAAGAGGGUGGGAACCUAAUUGGAUAGGCAACCAAUCUCCACACUGUCACAGUCCCAAAAUCCUGACUUAGUGCUAAACACAUAACUAUUCUGAAGUCAGAGACAGCACUCCAGUUGUGUACUGCUGGACUGAAAUUAGUCCAUGUAUAAUGGAUAGCUUUGCUUAGAAACUAUUUCAUUGGACAUGGGAUCUUGGCUAUUGGAUUAAUUUGUCAAAACUCCUUUCUUGAUUUGUCACAGCUCCAGAGAAAUUAUCCCCACAGUUGACCAUUUUUCCAUUGUCCCAUGGAAAUGGUGCUAAUAAGAAAGAAGUUUGUCCAAUAUCGAUAAUAGAGCACACAUGGGAUAGCUGUGUGUCUGUUCCACAUUUUGGAACAAAAGUAGCCAAGGUGAUCAUAGUUUAUUGGAUCAGCCUCUCCCGAUGAGUUUGCACAAUAUCCUGAACUACAGAGCUCCAGGCUCUUUAAAAUGCUGUCUCGCAAUUUAAGAAUUUUUCUUUUUUUUAAAAAAAAAAAAACCUAUGAAGUUGGACAGUUUUUGUGUACUCUCACCAGCAGAAGCUAGUCCAAUCAGCGCCUUCUACCCUUUGGGUUUCUCCAGCCAACUUUGAUCUGUACGUACCUAAGAAAUAAAGUAAAAGUGAAAAGCUCUGCUCAUGCCCUGUGAAAAGAGUUGAGGAGCUGCAAAUCUGGAAGCAAUUCUCAUUCAGUGCAACUUUCUGCUGGACAUUGUUUUAAGGCAAGAGCUUGGCCCGCAUGAUUUUAGCACUAGCGUAUUGAGCUGUAAAAUACCAGCACGACCAGCUCUCCGGAUUCAAUGGCUACAGCAGUUAACUCCUUACUAGAAUGAUGCUCCUGAUGCAGAGGCAGACAGACAGAAGCCGGUGAAAGAUGGAGAUGAUGAAGAUGAUGGGGAUGCGCAGGAAAGGCACAGCCUCCAUUCUGAGCCACAAUUAUCUUUUCUUCUUUAUUUUUUCUUUUGCAAAUUAUUUUGAUAAAUGUUUGUAAAAGUUGUUUGGGUGAGAGAAUCUACAUGCGACAAUGUCUUUUUAGAACUUUGAGGCAUUAUUCUGCAAAUGUCUUUUAUAAUUGACACCAACCAAUGGAAAGGGACCUGCUUUUCUGCUGCCAGGCACAAAAGAAACAGGGACUCUCCUCAGGCUCAAUGGCUCUUCCUUUUGGUUUCCUUUCUGGACUUCCUUUCUCACUUGGAUCCUUCCCAUAGUCUUGGGUCCAUAGUUAACACAAAGCACGUGUCUCAUUGUAACAGCUGGCCAGCAGUUGGUCCCCAGUGGGAUAUCUUCAUCCCCACCUGAGAGGAACGCUUGCUCUUGUCUUGCUGUUAACAAGAAAAAGAUUGUAUCCAAUGUUUUUAUCAUAUUUUUUCCCUUCAAGAUGAGCUUUCUAACCUGCACUUUGAGGUCUUUGCUUUUCCUUUAAGCUUUUUAACCACAAGGAUUCUUAUUAAUGUUCCUUUACCACAUUUAAACUUUACUGUUUCAUAUUUUUAGAGACCUCAUUUAUGACACUUGUUUGAAACUUUUAAGUAAUUUGUCUACCCUUCCCCCAUUAUUAAGGGACAAAAAAGAAGGAAAAAAAAGAAAAGAAAAAUGUUUUAUGAAGUUCAUAACUUAUUGCUGAUUAUAAUUACUGGGUUGUUAAUUUCAGUCCUGUAGAUUUUUAAUUUUAUUGUUUUUAGAUAGGGCUGGGCAACAAAAAAUUAAAAAGACAAAAUAAUUAAAAAAACAAGGUAACCUCAUUUAGCUGUGCAGUGGAAUUGUGUUUAAAUGUUGGCAUAUGGUUCUGCUUAUAGUAGCACUUUAACACCAUUAAACAUUUCUGUAUUUGAAAUGCACUGUGUUCUGCCAUUUUGGUCACUCAUGAGACUUUAGAAUACCUAUGUUAUUUGUGCCUGGAAUUAUUCUUUAAAAACUAAUUAUUUUCCAUGUGAUUAGAUGACCCCAAAGGACUUCUCACAUAGAUCUUGUCUCAAUACUGAUACGUUGUGUGUGCUUGAAACCCACAUAUUUAUCCAUUCAGCCCAAAGCUAUUAUUGUGUUAUAUAAUAACAAAACACAGCUUUAGAACAUGUUUCGUGAAAUAGAACCAUAAUAUCUCCAGGGCUAUAUAGUAUGUUCCUAGCUGGGGUUUCUGUUCAUUAAAGCCCGGAUCCAGUUAUUAUACAUCAAUCUCCCCCUGUGACUAUGUAACACUCUGGUUUGCUGCAUGCGGUAAUCUCUCCCUCUAGCGGUGGGACUAACAGCUCAUUAGUUGUAGUGAAUGGGAGAUAAAACUUUCAACUGAACCAAUAGGAACUCUUUUUUAUGGUAUUGAGGUCUGCUUAGCCCAUAAAUUUGCAUGCGUGAAGCGACUGUGCCUUAGCACAAUUCUAUGAGACAGUCAGACUAUCUGAUGAAAACUCAAAUGAACAAAAUACAUAGCAUUGCGACUCAUAUUAGCAACCAUAGUUAAUUUCACGUUUCACAAAAUCAGCCCAUGUGAAUGUGAUUCAAACUGGCCUGUGAGUCAGGAGAGGACUCCACAGGCUCAUAUCGCAAAAGCACAUGUUCUGUAAAUAAAAACAGUUGUAGAUGAGCAAGAUAAAAAAGCUUUCUCAGGAUAGACAAUUCUGUGCUAUAUUGGAUCAUGUUCUGGUUCAGUUCUCAACUGUGUAUGUGUUUUAAGUUUACGAGAGGAUGGAAUAAGAAGCAACAAGAACUUGGGAAGUUAUUUCUUCAGAAUGCAAUUCCCAGAAUCCCCAGCUGAACAGAUAUGCUAACUAGGGGCAUCUGGGAACUAUAGUCCAAAAUACCUUCUAAGAUCUAAACCAAAUUCAACACCCUUCAUACCUUUUACUUUAUGAUGGACAUAACAUUUGAAUUGCUCCAUUUAUCAGUAAACUAUCUAUCAGUAAGCAAUCGGGACCAAACUCUAUGGGUGGCAUGCUACCCAUUCUGGGAAGAAAUGUAUCAGUGCAAUCUACAUUGAGUAGUGUUUUCUGUAGCAAAUUAAUGCUAGUUUAGUGCCUGAAAGUAGACCAAGCUUCUUUAUAGCACCUAAGAGUUAUAUUCUGCUCUUCCAAGUGUUGAUCAUCACGAAAACAGCUUGUGAUUUUGUAUGCUUCUUACACUUGUGAUAAUUUCAUUCCAUUUCAUCCCUGUACAAAAACAUGGAUGGCUGGUUCCACAGCAAUCAUGCAUCUUUACUUUGGCAUAAGUCCUACUAUGUUCAGUGGGGCGUUCUCACAGAUCAGUGAACAUAGCUUUGUGGCCUUACGGCAAACUUCAUUCCAGGUUAAAUGCCCUUUGCUUCUAAAAUGCAAGCAGUGGGAAAGGGGAGAAGAAAGGCUAGAACAGGAUGCCAUCUAGCAGACCAGAGAGGAAAUUGUUUUUCCUCCACAUAUUAUAGUCCUGAGAAAAAUCCCCCACCUGAAGGUAGCAUUUGCCUUGGUGCAAGCUUCAAAACUGUAUAUGCAUCUUGGUUUCAACUCUCAGAUGUACCACCAGAUCUUCGUUCAUGGAAGAUGCAUGUUCUAAAGGCUGAUAGUUGUAAACCUAUAAUGAAUCCACAAUAGUAUAGAUAUUUGAUUAGAAAUACGAUGAACUGAACCAGAACGUUUUGCAUGUAAAUCAUGCACUCAGUUUUGGAGCUGUAAAUGCUUCUCCCAGUUUCCCUUCUAAAUCUGAAAGAAGCAACUAUACAUUCAGUAAUUGUAUACUCGGGGGCACAUUUUCCUCUCUGUUGUCUUGAGUGAAGCCACUGGAUUCCAUUUAACCUUGAUUUUAUACCCCAUGGCAAAGCACUUCUGACUCCUUUCAGUUAUAGAAUAGUAUGGCUUAUGCUGAUGGUAUUGAGUUAAUACAGACCAUAACAUGCAAUGAAUUGUAACUCAAGAUCCUCAGAAACACAAUUAUCUUUGAGUCAUCAUUUUCAUUUCAAUCUUCAUGCACUGAGGAGUUAGAAAAUUCUGUGAUUUUGAUAUACAUGUACUUUUUUCAUACUGCACAACAACUGAAUACUGGGACUGAUUACUAAUGUUAAGGGGAGCAAUGAAACAAUCAUCAAGGCAGCUUCGAAGAGCAGGGGCAUCAGGUACCAUGGUCCCUUCUCAAACCAAACCUUAGGAGACUCUGUUAGAAAGAAGUAGCAAUAGCUGACGUCACUUUUCUCAUUCUUCCACUUGCUCAGUGAACCUGUCCAUCAUCAUACUGCUCUGGGUUAAAGAUGUACACCUGAUGUGACAGUAUGCACAGGUUCCUUUAAUUGUAUGUAAUGGUUGAACCAUUAAUAGAGAAGAAACCAUGGAAAAGAAUUCUUAGUGUUUCUUUGGAAUGGUCUACUUUUCUUCUCUGCAGUGAAAAUGCUCAUAGAAAAUCUCAUUUAUCUCAUACUGAAUGCUAUGCAGUAUUACUCAGUACAGUUGGUUCAACCGCAGGGUAUUAUUAUUAUUUAAAGAUUUAAGAAAUCUAAAGGUUCUUUUAAAAGGGGGUGUAGACUUAUUAAUAAACAGGGUAACAGACCGAAGUAACUGAAGUUACAGCACUCACUCAUACCACACUUAAGCACUAAGUAAACUGCUCAUGGUAACUUUGUUAUGCUCACAAUGCACUACUAUGCAUUUCUGAUACAUCAUCUAGCAUUCACAUAGUUGCCAUCUCUCCUCACAGCACUUCUUUAUACAUAAUACAACUUAAGUUUCACAGCAUUAAAAACUUCUACUGACUAUGGUAGAUCCUGCCUCCCUGAAAGAAAGCAAACUGGGCCAGAGAUUUCAGGUCCUAGUUGCAUGAUCACUGGACACAGAAAAGGGCAAACUGUCAACCCAACUUUUAAGCAACCAUUCAAAGAUUCCUUGCAAGAUCAGUUAGUAAGAAGCUAAAAGGAACAUGUGCAGGAUUUUGUGUUGGAUACGACCACCAAACCUAUUGCAUUCAUGCAUCGUCCUUUAAUGCAUUUCCCAUAUUCUCUACAUGUGACAGCUAUACAGGGAAGGUAAAUACUUAACAGUGAAUAAGCAGGAUUAAGCCCAACAACUGCAGUGGGACCAAAGGAUACCUAUCUUUAUUCAGGGUGAUGGAAGGUCCUUUUCCCUCAAGGGGCUUUUUCAGCUAAAUUCAGUUAUAAAGGCUCUGCUGCAAAAACAAACUUCAUAUAAGGAACAAAAUUAAAAUCUACAAGAUAUGGGCAGCACAGAAUGGCUGAACAGCAAUAAAUCAAACAGGCAGUACUGUUUUUAGGGCACACUGCAAGUUACAGUUUUAGAACCAAGAUGUCACUUUGUAAUUGUUUCAACACACAGCAAAUUUAUGUAUGUCGGGAAGCUAAAGGCCUGCCUUUCUACAGCCAUUCCUAUACUGACUUCAGCUGAACUGCUGUGGAAGAAAAAAAAUUCUUCUGUAUCAGAGAAGCUAACAUUGCCAGUGAGAAGGGGUUGUUUUAAUGCAGAUGUGUUUAUCACAAGUUAGCAGGAUUUUUUCCUUGGCUACAAGAGAUUAAACAAUAUCUGAAUGAAGUACUUGUCAGGUGCAGCAAGGAAACACCUGGAAUGUAUAAAAUGCCUUAGCUAUUAUUUUCAAAAAGUAAUUAAAAUUUAACCCAAAUAGUUCAGGUUGAGUGCUUCUCUGGAAAAUUUUCUGAUGUUGCUUAUGUUAAGAUAAGCUAUUUCCCCAAUUCAGCAUGUGACAUGCUAUGUGUAUUGACUUGUUUCAAGCUCAGAAAAAGCAGCUUCUUUUUUCUAUUGCAAUUAUUUCACCAGCCCAAGUGUCUGAUACAUUAUGAUGCUCUUGGAUUUUAAAAGAUUAGUCUUACUAAACUUCAGUAUAUAGCAUCCAGCACAAGAAGAAUGUAAAAGUUCUGGCAUGGCAACUUAGCUUGAUGAUCCCAACGUGUUUUUCUCAUUCCUUGUCUUUCGAAGCUUCUUUUGCUUUGCUAUUUUAACAGAAAGGAAAUCACUGAAAUUGCAAGUUAACUUUCAUAUGUCUUAAGUUUGCAGCUAUUCGCUAUACUCCAACAUAAAACACAGCUAUUAUAUUCUGAUGUAAAAUAAAUUUGUUGAAGAUUUUUAAACGAAAUAAGUACAUUUUGUUUCUUUUAUUGCAUUAGCCAAUAUCUGAUGCACAAACUAGGUAUGUGCAUUAUCAUUUUCCCAACUAUACAGAAAAAUACCGAUCAAUAAUGUUUCAGCCUUCUCUGAAUUGUGGAUUUCCUUUGCAAUUUGUAUAUUAAAAGGGAAACCGAAUGUACAGUGCUUUGUUUCUAUGUAGUUAUCUGUACCAAUCAAGGCAUGAACUUGGAAUUGGUAACUGUACCAAUUCCAAGUUCAAACUAUCCUUUGGCAUAUUUCCAAAUAUGUAGACAGCUUGGCACGAGCUUAUUUUUUUAGAAUUUUUCAGAUCACUACUGUGUUUUUUUCCUGAAAUGUGGUGCAGUUACUAUAUCGGUGCUGUAGCCAACUGCUACCUUGAAAAAGUAAGACACAAAACAAAAAAUCCUAACCAAUCUUUGACUGGUUCUCAGAUUGAGUAGUGCCAGUCUUCUAAAAAAAACAAACGCUAAAAAAAAAAAACUGCUGAAAUGCUGAUCAGAGCUCUGUUUGUAAUGAUGCAGGGAUGGUGCUGACAAUGAUGUUGCAUUUUUCAUCACUGUAAACAUUCUUUUGUUUGUGGCCAUCUAUAUUUCCUUGUUUAAAAUAUACAAAUAAAUUUUAUGAAAUUUUA